AUGGAGAAACCUUCCCUUGUAUGCCUGUUCCUUGUAUUUUCAUUCACUUUACAACAUUCAUAUAGGACUGUUGCAACAACAACUACAACAAGUUGUGAUCAACGAUUAGAAACAUGGGGUUAUGUUGAAGUUCUAAACAGUGAAGAUCCAUCCGCAAUAUGGCCAAUAAUUUUAUGGCUUCAAGGAGGCCCGGGAGGUUCAGGAGUUGCAAUUGGAAAUUUCUUAGAUAUAGGACCAUUAGAUCAACAUUUAAAGGCUCGUCAAUAUACGUGGCUUCGAAAAGCAGAUCUCUUAUUUGUGGAUAGUCCAGUCGAAACAGGCUUCAGUUACGUCGAUGAUGACACCUUGUUGGCUACAAGUGAUGAAGAGGCAGCAACUGAGUUACUUUUCUUGUUGAAGAAUCUCUUCAACAGAUUUGAAUUCCUCCAGAAAAGUACUCUUUUUAUAUUCGGAGAGUCAUAUGGAGGAAAAAUUACAGUUACUCUUGGUUUAGCAAUUGUUAAAGCUAUUCAUGACAAAGAGUUAACGCUUACACUUGGCGGUAACAUAUAUACGAAUUCACUUAACUACUAUCAAGCCUAA